AUGAGAACCCGAGGCCCGCGCCGUCACCGUACACCUCUCCCGAAACAAGGCGACUACGCGGCAUUGCCGCCCUGGCGUUUGCCUCAGCCCGUCCCGUCCCUCCGCCAGACCCGGCCCAAGGGCAGGCCAGAAGAGCACAUGGCCAUCAUUCUCCCCUUCUACCCCCCCGCCCCGAGUGAUCUCGCCCGAGCCCCACGGGCGGCGGCGGACUGGCGCGGGUGGGCCGGGCGCCACCACUGCCGCGGAGCGGGGGCGCACCGCGCGCGUACUUGGGCGGCGGCGGCGGCGGCGGGCGCUGAGACGUGGGUUCGUGAGAGCAGCGCGGCGGCGAAAGGAAGGGGAGGGGCCUCGGCAACGCCUUCUUCCCGCCACCCCUCAACAACGAGCGCUGCCAUUGGGCCGGAGCGGCGGGCAGCGCGCAGGCCAAUGGGGGACCGCGGAGCCAUCUUUCCUCCUCUCCUUGUCCCAGCUGCCUUGUGGUGCUGCCAGUGCCUGCCUGCCUGGCAAGUCAGAGCAUGUCUGGACCCUGUGGAUGAGAUACAGAAGAUGGCAGAGCUGCUGGGGCUCAGGGAUGAGUGCAGGGAGGGGACUUCAGGGGCUGCCCUCGUUGGCUCCUGCCUUGCAGACAACAGACUGAACCUGGAUGUUUAUCCUGACGGCUGCCACCGUUUCCUCCAGCUGUUCAAGGAGCAACAGGGAGAGGUGGUCCAGGUUGAGUUCCUCCGGCUCAGCAGCAAUGAUUGCCUCCUUGACAUCACACUGGGCAGCCUUCCUCAUCUGAAGCACCUGAAAUCCCUGAUGCUUAAAGGUGGCUAUGCUAGGGAUGAGUUUGGUUCCUAUCAGCGUGGCUCCCUGACAAACUUGCCACCAGACUUUGGGAACCUCAGGUGUCUCACCCACUUGGAUCUCAGCUUCAACAGACUCUCCACCUUGCCAAGCUGCAUUCUCCACCUUCCCAGCCUCUGUGUGCUCCUGGUGAGCCACAACAGUCUGGUGACACUUCCUGUGGACUUUGGCUGUCUGAGCAAACUGACUUUCUUCUCAGCGAGGAAAAAUCAGCUAAAAGGCUUACCUGAGAGCAUUGGGGAGCUGUCAAUGCUGCAAGAUCUGGAUCUCUCAGAAAAUGCUUUGGAAUUGCUCCCUGAAGAAGUUGGGAAUCUGCACAACUGCACAGAGCUGGAUCUCUCUGGGAAUUGCUUACUGAGCAUCCCGGACUCCCUAGCCAAUUUGAAGUCUCUGCGUCGGCUGCAUCUCCACAGCAAUCUCCUGGUGACGGUCCCUGCCUCGCUUGCCAGCCUGCCCAACUUGUCCAGACUUGAUCUGCAGAACAACUGCCUCCGUGCCAUCCCUGCUGAGAUCCAGACCUUGCCAUUUGUGCACGUCCGAGGCAAUCCCUUGGGAGAAACUGAACCGUCCCCGCAGGCUGAUAAAUCCAGUACCAGAAGGCUAAAAAAACUUGUCCUUGCAUCAGGAGAGGUCAGCUUUACUGUCACCUCUGAAGGCUGCAGAGUGGUCCUAGCCUGUGGCAUCCAUUUCUACUUUCCACCGGGGGCCACCUCUGAUCCUCUGCGGAUCUGCUUCCGAUCCCUCAUGCCGGAUCCUCAGUGGGUAAAGCUUAGACACCACGAUGUCCUGCUGAGUCGAGUCCUGGAGCUGCAGCCUCAUGGGGUCCAAUUCCAGCAGGAGGUGCAGAUCUCUAUGCCAUGUAUCUCACCUCAAACACCUCACCAGCAUGAGGUGGUAGUUCGGACCUUCAGUGGGCAGAGCUGGAGUGAUCUGAAAACAAGAGUGAAGCGGAAGAGAAAAUCAAAGAAGUGUGUGGCUCACUGUUGUGUCCUUCACUUCUCUUGGUUCCUUGUCGUGUCUCGACUUGUGCAAAAUGAAUGCAAAGUGCCAUCCGAGGGGACAUUGCUCUUUUCCAGUGUGGAUCCAAACAUCAAAGUGAUCUUUCCUCCUGGAGUCACCAAAGAGCCUCGUAGUGUCAAGCUGCAGGUGCUGCCAGUCUCUGCAGAAGAGAUACAGGAAAUCACAGCCAAUGCAGAGUGCAAAGCCAGUCCCCUGCUCUACCUCUCCCAGGACUCCACGGUGGAUUUUCUCAAGCCAGUGAGAAUUCAGCUGCCUCUUCCACCUGGGGUCACAGGGCUAAAUUUGGAUCGAUCGAGACUGCAUAUUCUCCAUGGUGACCUGGAGGGCCAAACCUGGAAUGAUAUUACCAGUGAUGUGGUGCUGGAAUUCACCCAUCUUUAUGCAGUGUUUGAAGUCACUCACUUCUCCUGGUACUGGCUGUGGUACACCACCAAGACCUACAUUGGAGGCAUUGCCAAGAAGGUCUAUGAGCGGCUGCGUCUGUACCAGGUGAACUUCAUUGCACUGCAGAGGAAGAAGGAUCCUGAGCAAGUCCUGCUACAGUGUGUCCCCAAGCACAAGGUUGACCCAGUGCUGAAGAAGCUGCAGAACCGCUAUCGAGGACCUGAGCCAUCCGACAUGGUGGAGAUGUUUGAGGGAGAGCAAUUUUUUGCAGCUUUUGAGCGAGGCAUCAGCAUUGAUAUGGAUCGCCCUGACUGCGUGGAUGGACGUCUCUCAUUUAUUUUUUACUCCCACUUGAAGAACAUGAAGGAAAUCUAUGUGACCUCCCCUGUGGACAGAAAAGGCCAAGCUGUAAAAGGCCAGGUCUCUUUCUACCGAGGGGCAGUUCCUGACAGCAUCCCUGAAGAUGCCAGCAGGAGGAGAAAAGGUCCAGACUCCCUCUGGCUUGCUACUCUGCCCAUCAAACUGCCUCAACUGAAACCCCGCUGGGAUGAGAACCCCUGUCCCCUGCGUGGCUUCUCCUUCCCUCCCUUGAACCUGGGCAAUGCUGAGACUGGGUACCUGACACAGGCAAACCUGCUGAACAUUGCCAGGCGCGUGGGAGCUGACUGGCAGAGCAUCGGCCUCAACCUGGGCCUGACCUACCAGCAGAUUGAGCGCAUAGGAUACAAUAACAGAGAGGACCUCAAUAAGCAGAUCCUGGACAUGCUUUUCUCGUGGGCUCAGCAGAACUCAGAGGAUCCUGACUGUGUGAGCAAGCUGAUUACAGCCAUGAAGGAGAGUGGCCGCCAGGACAUUGCUGAUGAGAUUGAAGAUGUCAUUGAGCUGGGGCGGAAGAAAUACAGUGAGUCCAUCCGCCGGGUGGGCCUGGAGCAGGAGAGCAGCACUGAGGACUCUGCAAUAGCUAUGAUGUAGCACCUAGCAGAGAAAAAUGGGGUUUGUAUGGGACCCCUGUGUGUACCCAGAGUGACAGUGCCUGGGGGCUGCUCCCUUCUCAAGAGCCAGUGUCUUCCUGAGGAGCUGGGCAUUGAUUCUCUUGGGUCUGUACUCACAUACCACUUCUGCCAGUCCCAGGAAGUUUAGAGUGCAGUUAUGAACUGAUUUUCUACUUCUACUUCAUGACCUUGAGCUUUAGCUUUCAGAAAUGUGGAGAAAUUUAGAGACUGAAGUGUCUGUCUGUCAGCUGAGUAGUGGCUUAAGUAGUGUUUGAUGAAUUAAUACUCAUGUUACAUGUGUUCAUGUAUAACUUAUUCCUGAAACUGGAAACACUGCUGGAAGCACUGGGUGUGAUGUGGUGGGGACUGUUCAGCCAUUUCUGUUAAUGAUGUGUUCUGCUCACAUGAAAAUGUGAACCGUAUUCCUCAUGAAAAUGUUUUAUAUUUUUUUCAAAAUCUCUUCCGGUUUUCUUAAGUCCAAACAAAACCUAAGUAUUUGUGGGGAAGAAAGAAGAAACUGAUUUCUAGAAAAACUGCCUUUUUUUUUUGUUUUGCUCCAAAAGCUAUCAUGAAACAAAUAGCCUGCUGCACUUGCAAGCACAUUUUUAGAUGACACCUACAUACUGCUGAUCUUUGACAAAGUUACAGUUUUAUUUCAUAUUAAAAAAAACCAAACAAACAAACAAACAAAAAACCCAAACAAAAACAUGAACUGUUCUGGGAGAGAUUCUGAUUUAAGGGAAAUUAAGCUUUCCAUUGCAGUUUCCAAAGGGUAGUCUUCCAGUGAAAUGUGACUGUGUAGUAGUGAAUGUGGGACCUCUCCUGAAGUUUGGUGAAAAGCAUGACUUAAAUUUGCAUUUUAAAAACUUGUCUGACCAGCUGUGAAAUAAGGCACUGUUGUGGGUUUGGCAUGAACCAUGCUGAGCUAACUUCUCGGUUUUUCAGCCUGAAUAUCUUGUGUAAGGCUGGAAGCAUUUACUGCUUUUUAUCUGCUCAGUGAUUUAUUACUGAGGUACCCUUCUCUUCCUGUUCCUCAUCUCAUAAUGGCCCUCAGUUAAUGACCCACUAAUGACAGUGAAAAAUCACAUGCAAGCUUUUUGAAAGAUUACUGUGAUUUAAGUAAAUUCAAGUCUUUCAAGACAGGUUUGAAUUCAGCAUUAUCCUCUAAACAUUACUUAAAUGGCUGUUCUUAGUGUGAAAAAACAAAAGUGUGUUUAAAUGUGCCAGGUUGCACCACCCAAAGUCAACGUGCAGUUGCAGGUUGGAUAAAUCCAGGCAUUUUCUUCUCCUUGUGAAGAAUCGUCAGUGGCUUCCCUGAUGCUGCUUCAGACCUACCAUCAGUAUUAUUGAAAGAGAGAUGUAAAAUCAUUCUACUUUUUCUCUCAUUUCAGGCUGUUCUAACAUCUCAGGCUACAGUGCUGACUGUCCAGUCCAGAGCACUGGACAACAGUUUGCAGAUUGCAGUUGUAACUCUAGGCCUAGCCCAAGUCUCAUGUUGGGUUCAAGUCAGCAGUGCUCCUUUGAAUGUACAU